AUGAAGACGGACAUGUCCACGCUGUACCCCAACCACAAGGUCGCCGAGCGCGUGACCGACUACGCGCGGCGGCACUCAACGGCGCUGCCCGCCCACAUCGUCGACUACCACGCCUGGGUCAACGAGAACCACCCGCGCGCGGGCUACAUGAUCUCCGACUUCCAGGGCCAGUGCCACGUCUUCCUCGCGCGCGCCCUGGGCGCCAGGCGCGUGCUCGAGGUUGGCGUCUACGUCGGCUACUCGGCGCUCGUGUGGGCGCACGCCGUCGGGCCCGGGGGCACGGUGACGGGCCUGGAGUCGUCGCGCGAGUACGUCGACAUGUCGAGGAGGGCGUUUGAGCGGCAUGGCGUGGAGAAUGUUGAGGUCAUUGAGGGGGAUGCUCUCGAAACCCUCGCGAAGCUGCAGCCCGAAGAGCCCUACGACCUCAUCUUCAUCGACGCCCAAAAGUCGGGGUACCCGUCCUACCUGCGGGACAUACUCGCCGGGUCGCAGUCGGGAGGACGGCCGCGGCUGCUGCGCCCGGGCGGGCUCAUCGUGGCGGACAACGUGCUCCGCCGGGGGCUCGUGGCCGACGACAGCGAUGACAACCCGUGGGCGGCGGGGGACCAGAAGGCGCGGACGCGCAGCGAGUACGAGUCGGACCGCGACAUUGAGUACCUGCGUGAGUUCAACGACCUCGUGGCGGGGAGCGAGAGGCUAGAGAACUUUCUCAUGCCGCUGUAUGACGGCGUGGGGUUGAUUCGCCUCGUUGACUGA